UAAACGAGCCUCGGUUGGGGGAAAAACCGCCUCCAGCUGUCACACCGGGGCUUUAAACAUGGCGGAGCGCGUGGCAGCACGUCUGGCCGCACAGGAACGGCAAAUCGAGGCGCUCGGCGAGGAGAUCAGCCGCCUCCGUGAUGGACUCAGUGGCGGCUGCUUUAACGCCGAGCUCGCGAGCGGCUCCGAGCUCGAGGACCUGCGCAGCGAGAACGAGAAGCUCCGGUACCGGCUCGUGCACCUACAGCGCGCUCUCCGGGCCGAGCUGGAGCUCGAGACACAGGGCCAGGCCGGCGCGCGCACAGGCCGCGAGAACAAGAGCAACGCUUUGCAUGAGAAACAUGAGACGAGCGCGAGAGAAACGCCAAAAGUAAAUGCACCCCAGAAGCGUACUGAACCGGCAAAACCCCCAGAGGUCCAAAACACAACAGAGAAGAGCAAGAAGAAGGAGAAACCCAAAGGACAGGGAGGAGUAGGGGAGCUGAACCCGUGGCCCGGCUACAUAUCAGAGCGCUUGGAGCUCUACGAGAGACUGAAGAAAGAGAGUGACACCAAUCUGGCCAAGCAGGCAGCUAACAGCAAGCCCAUCUCUGUCCAGCUGCCUGAUGGACAAAAAGUGGAGGCUCGGUCCUGGGUCACUACUCCUUACCAACUCGCCUGCGGCGUCAGUCAGGGUCUGGCUGAUAACUGUGUGAUCGCCCGGGUGGACGACGAGUUGUGGGAUUUGGAUCGGCCGCUGGAGAAAGACUGCUCUCUGGAACUGCUGCGUUUCGACAACGAAGAUGCCCAGGCUGUAUACUGGCACUCCAGCGCCCACAUCCUGGGAGAAGCCAUGGAGCGCUUUUACGGAGGCUGCCUGUGUUACGGGCCUCCCAUCGAGAACGGCUUCUACUACGACAUGUUCCUGGAUGGUCAGAAAGGAGUGUCAAGCACGGAGUUUGGAGAUCUGGAAGCACUCUGUAAGGGCAUCAUGAAGGACAAACAGCCAUUCGAGAGACUGGAGAUUAGCAAGGAAACACUGCUGGAGAUGUUCAAGUACAACAAGUUUAAAUGUCGUAUCCUGAAUGAAAAGGUGACCACCCCGACCACUACUGUGUACAGAUGUGGCCCUCUCAUUGACCUGUGCCGAGGCCCUCACGUGCGGCAUACGGGCAAGAUCAAAGCUCUGAAGGUCUAUAAGAACUCAUCCACGUACUGGGAAGGCCGCUCAGACAUGGAGACGCUCCAGAGAAUCUACGGGAUAUCUUUCCCCGACUCUAAGAUGCUGAAGGAGUGGGAGCGCUUUCAGGAAGAGGCCAAGAACCGAGACCACCGAAAAAUCGGAAAGGAUCAGGAGCUGUUCUUCUUUCAUGAUCUGAGUCCAGGCAGCUGUUUUUUCCUCCCUCGUGGAGCCUACAUCUACAACACUCUCACUGAGUUCAUCAGGGAGGAGUAUUGGAGAAGAGGUUUUCAGGAAGUGGCAUCUCCAAACAUCUACAACAGCAAGCUGUGGGAGACGUCAGGCCACUGGCAGCACUACAGUGAGAACAUGUUCUCCUUCCCCGUGGAGCAGGACAUCUUCGCCCUCAAGCCCAUGAACUGCCCUGGACACUGUCUGAUGUUCUGUCACCGGCCCCGGUCGUGGAGGGAGCUUCCCCUGAGGCUGGCGGAUUUUGGCGUGCUGCAUCGUAAUGAACUCUCAGGGACACUGACGGGACUCACCCGUGUCCGCCGUUUCCAGCAGGACGACGCGCACAUCUUCUGCACCAUGGAGCAGAUUGAGUCGGAGAUGAAGGGCUGUCUGGACUUCCUGCGCUGCGUCUACGACGUCUUCGGCUUCUCCUUCCAGCUGCAUCUGUCCACCCGGCCGGAGAAGUUCCUCGGGGACAUUGCCGUGUGGGACCAGGCUGAGAAGCAACUUGAGAACAGUCUGAAUGAGUUUGGAGAACCGUGGAAGCUAAACCCAGGUGAUGGAGCUUUUUAUGGGCCAAAGAUUGAUAUCAAGAUCAAGGAUGCCAUCGGGCGUUAUCACCAGUGUGCCACCAUCCAGCUGGACUUCCAGCUGCCUAUUCGCUUCAACUUAACUUACAUAGGGAAGGACGGAGAUGACAAAGCCAGGCCUGUGAUUAUCCACCGCGCUAUCCUGGGCUCAGUAGAGAGGAUGAUCGCCAUUCUCACAGAGAACUACGCUGGAAAAUGGCCGCUCUGGUUAUCUCCUCGUCAGGUCAUGGUAGUGCCUGUCAAUCCAUCCCUUGAAGAAUACGCCAGUAAGGUGUGUAAGCAGUUUGUGGAGGUGGGUUUCAUGGCGGAUGCAGACCUCGACUCUGGCUGCCUUCUGAACAAGAAAAUCCGCAAUGCUCAACUGGCCCAGUACAACUUCAUUCUGGUGGUCGGUGAGAAGGAGAAGAUGACUAACAGCGUCAAUGUGCGCACGAGGGACAACAAGGUCCACGGCGAGCUGACAGUGCCCGAGGUUCUGGCUCGGCUCUCUCUGCUCAAACAGUCGCGCUGCAGGAACGCUGAGGAGGUGUUCUGAACAAAUAUACGCGCCUGAUUCCAAUUCAGAUGUAAAUCAAAGCCUCCUACGUCUUUUUUUUUUUUUUUUUUUCCCCAGUAGCAGCUGUUUGGUAGAAGAUAAUGACUGACCAGGGGUGUUACGGUGUCAUGGUUUCACGGUUAGUCACUGUGUAUGAUCGGAUGCUAUGUAUGAGUGACUGAAUUUCCAUUUCUUACUGCCUACGUUUUUUUUUGUUUUUUUUUUUCCGAUCAAGUUCCUUUCUUUACUCCAGUGGUUCUCGUUCUUUUUGUGUCUGGCUGUGACUGCACUAAAAUUUCACAGCAGCCUCCGUUUCUCGGUGCAGAGAACGCAGCUACGCUGAAAACCCUUUAGCUGUGUUUAAUCUGCUGCUGCUGUAAACAUUACAUUGCUACCUCUGCUGUCACACUUCUAGCAUGUUCCUAACUUUAUCAUACACAACACAUUGCUGACCAGAACUAAACCAAACAACUAUGUUUUUGGCUAGUAAGAUUUUCCGCAAUGCUUUUCCUCCUUUCCUCGGAAACCUCUCUCUCUUUCAGUUUAUAACAACAGCGUGAUAAAUACUGACAGUGACAGAGAGCUCAUUUCUCAAAACUGUCUUUCUAAUGAUGAAGAACAAUUACUCAAUUUGAAUUUUUUAUUAUUUUUUUUCCCUCAGCUUGUUAUACCGUAAAACCGUGAUAUUUUUAGAUUAAGUUAUCUUACUGUGAACAUUUCAAACCGUAACACCCCUAGACUUGAUUAUUAAACACUAUUUCCUAAGUAAGGAAUAAGAGGAAGUGAGAAGAGGCUUUUUCUUUGGAUUGGGAUCAGGUCAUCAGGUGGAACAGACAAAAACUAGACAAACUGUAAAAGGAAAUGUAGUCGCAGUUAUAGGAAGUGGGACGUGAUGAUGGAUGGAAUUCAACAAAGAGGAAAACAGCAUUAGAUGGAAUGUAUUAGUGAAAGUAAAUGAAAUUUCUGUUAUGUACAAUGAAAGAAAGAUUCUUUUUCAGUGCAUCGUAUGAAAUCCGAACAGUUCUGUAGACACGUGGGAAGCAGUUGGUAGAGGUGACAUUUGGCUUGAACACUUGUGAAUACAGAAAAUCGUUUCGACAAAAUGUCAUUGCAGUGAUGCUUUUUUUUUUUUUUUUGUCAAUUGCACUGAAUUUAAGAACACAGGCGGUAAAUUUCACCCAGACUGUUGCUGUAAAUUGUGUCCUGUUAAAUGGAAGGAUUGAUGGAGUGAUAUGUGAUGAUGGGAAAAGGUGAAGUAAACUUUUGAUGACUGCUGGGAAUAAUGAAGAAUAAACCAUUUUCAGAAAUA